AUGGACUGGGGCAUGUCGGACAGCAGCCGCUCUUCGUCUCCUGGGAUGGCCACGCCACAGAUUCCCAGCUUCCGAACGGAGGAGCUGAAAAGCUCCUGUCUUGAGCCGGGUCAGGACACACUACGACGGAAGCUGUUUGAUAACAAUGACGACUGCACCGGGCCUGGUGCGACAGUGCGUGCAAAUGCCUGGCGUGAAAGUCACGGAGGCUCCGGCGCUGCCCCCGAGCAGGCGGACCUGGUCCAGGAACUCGCGAGGUCCCGGGAGCUCCUCGAGAAGGAGCGCGGCAUGACUCAAAAAAUCGUGGCUGAAAGAGCGAGUCUUCGUGAGCAGGUGACGAAGCUUCAGUGUGACUUGCAGGCAGCUCGCAAGCAGCAUGAACUCGACGAUGUGGCCGUGCAUCAGAUGGCAGCGCACCUGGCAGAGUCCAAGCGCCGGGAGGACGCAAAAACAGUGCAAGUGGAGCGGCUGUCGGCGGCCAUUGGAGUGCUUCAGGCAUCCAUGGCGUCGGUGGUGCGAACUUCUGGCGUGGCUCGGGGACACGAGCUGCCGCAGGACGAUGUCGCAAUGGCCGCGCUGAGGGCCGGCCUGUCGGCAGUUCAGGCGGAAUCCGUAUCUGCAGAGACGAUUCUGGCACAGGCAUCGGCGGCACAGACGGACUUGGAAGUAUUCACUACCAACCAGGAGCGAAGAAAUCGAUGGUGUCCUUCACAGUGCUGGCGCGGCCUGAUGCGUCUUGUUCCCCAAAGACGCCAGACCAUCGACAGAUCUCUCCAGGAAGACCCCUCCCUGCAGCAUGUCCAGGCCUCCUUGUCAGAGCUUCGCUCUCAGAUCGAGAAGGCGGCUCCUUCUGCAGCCCCACGUGCCGAGCCAGGCGAGCAGCCCUCAACUAUGGUUCAAGCGCCCUUAGAGGCUAACCGGUCGGAAAGACCUGCGAAGCCUCGAUGGGAUGGCUACUACCUCUCGUCACCCCCGACAAUGGCAACGCGUCGUUCGCGCAACACAGCAGGCUCGACCCCUGCGAGAGAAGCUAUAGAGUCGCCAGCAACUGGACGGCAGCGGCUGGAUGACGACGAUGCUGCCGGUGCAUUGGAUGAUGGCCUGCCACCACCACCGAACACUAAAUGUUGGGAGUGGCCACUCUCCAAGCCCGAGAAGCAGGAACGUGUGGCGAUGAUCGAGGGGCAGCUGUGGCGAUAUGACCAGUCGGGGCUCAUCGAGCAGGUCGAAAUGCUGGAGGGCAUCUGCGCUCAGCAUGGCCUCCUGCCGGCAGCGGAAGAGGUUUCUGACGACGACUCCUCCGUUGGCAGCGAAGAGUCGGUCUGA